AUGGACGAUUUAAGAUUAAGGCCGCAUCAAAAAGAACUCCAAGAGCUCGGAGAAUUGGCAGGAGUCUCCAUGAGUCCCAAGGUGUUCAAAUUGAUCAUGGAACUUCUGAAUAUGGGCCAUUCGCCAGAUACAGUUUACAGUAUUCUAAAAAUUAUAAUUAAAUCUGCCCCAUCUUCGAAUGAGGAAAAUCUUGAAGAAUCCCAUUAG